CCACUUGUAAACAACUAUUCUCGGGAGGCCAAAGGCGACGCAAUGCUCCGCGGGGAACCAGAAGUUAAACACGUUCUCAUCGCUUGAAUUAUAGAAGGGAGACAUGGAUGUUAAAGUGAAUUUAGAAGAGGCCAAGAAAUUAUUAUCUGUGCCAGAAUCAUGCCUCAGGAAAGUAGAAGGAGAGUUGACAGUGCUGGUUCAUCCCAUGCACUCCACCAACAUCAAAGAAGGUGUAUUAGAAGAACUCAAGGCCUUGAUAAAGCGGUAUUCAAAAGAAUUAAAGGGGAUACCCAUGGCCUAUGAGAAGAUACAGUUGGUUUCAUGCAAUGGAUGGUUGUUUGACACAAAUCCUUUCAAUCAUGUAGUAGUUCGAGCUAUGUUCUAUGUCUUUACUCCACAAGUUGGCAACAUAUUAGAAGCUACUGUGAAAAAGAAGUCAAUAAAUCAUGUGGGUUGCCUUGUUCAUGGAAUGUUCAAUGUGUCACUUCCCAGACCACAGGAUGAGGCAGUGGAGAAUUGGUGUGGCACUUAUGUACAGGAAGGAGAUGUCGUAAAAAUUACCAUUACAGAUCUAAAUAUAACCACUUACAUGCCUUACAUCAAGGGUGAAUUGGAUCCUGAGAGAGUUCAAGAGUUGGUAGAUGCCAGACGUGUGGAGGAGGAGCAAAAGGCCCAAGACAACAAGAAAAUUACUUUUGAUGAUGAUAGUGGAAUUAGUAGUAAUGAUCAUGACGAAUCUGUUGUACCAGAAGUGAAGAAGAAAAAGAAGAAAAACAAGAGCAGUAGUGACAGUGAAGACCAGAAUAACACUGUAAUGGAUGACUUGGAGGAUGAAACUGGAGAAAUAGAUGGUACUGAUGAAUCACAAAAGAAAAAGAAGAAAAGGAACCAGGAAGAUGGAGAAGCUUCUAACAUGGAUUUAUUAAAUGUUGUAGAAAAGAAAAAGAAAAAGAAAAAGAAAAAACACCAAGAGAGUGAUGAUGAAGUCAACCCAGAAGAGGAGACUGAAGAGAAUAACACACUUGACUCCUUAUUAAAUGACAGUAUUCAUAGUAACUCUAAUGACACACCCAAAAGAAAAAAGAAGAAAAGAAACAAGUUAGAUGAGGAAGAAGCCCCCUAUCCAUUAAGUGAUUCUGAAACUAAAGAAACAAAAAAGAAAAAGAAAAAGCACAAGAGAAUUGCACUGAGUGAUGUAGAUGGAGAAGUAAAGGAUACAGAAGAGAAUGAUUUUACAGAUGUACCUGGUAACUUACUAAAUGAAAGAAUGCUUAGUGAUUGUAAUACUACACCCAAAAGAAAGAGGAAGAAACAGGAACUGGAAGACGAAGAGGUCAAUAUCACUGUAUUAAAUUCUGAUUCCAAGACUGAAGAGGAAAAGAAGAAGCACAAGAAAAGUAAGCAUAGAGCAGUUGAACCAAAGGAAGAGAAUGAGGAAGUUGAUUUAGAUGAGAUGUUGGACGAUGUGAUGCAGGAAGUGUCCCCUUCUAAGCCAAGUGGCAAAACUCCUGAUGCUAUGAAGCCUACAAAGUCCAGGAAACGUAAAGCAGAUGAGGAUCUGGACAGUAGUAGACGUAGCAAAAGGAAGAAACUGUAAAAUCCGUUUAGAGUAUCUAACUGGGGUUUGCAUUAUUUCUUGGAUUGAGACUUUUAAAAAGUAUGUUGUUAAGUCUAACUCUUUAUAAUCACCCAGUCUAUAUAAAGACAUGUGUACAAAAAUUGGUGUUAAUGGCACUUAUCUUUGUACACUUUUCAGACUCCUUUUAUUAUACUACAUAAAAGAAUGUACCAUUUCUCACCUAUUGAAUAAAUUAUCAGUUGUUCUUGCUGCUCAAUUGUUUUACCCAAGUCAUAUGAAAAAAAAAAAUUAAUUGAGAAAUAAAUGAAAAAUGGGGGACAUGUAAAUAUGACUUUCAUGAACUUUCAUGACAAUGCAGUGAUUUUUUUUUGUUGUUUAUUAAAUCCGGUUUACAAAGUUGAAA